AUGCCUAAAGCGAGCUCUGAGAGAGUGCGCCGAGCAGGCAAACGAGACGUGACAAUAUCAGACCUGCAACGUUUACUGGUCACAUCCGAGAUGGAGGUCGCCGACCUCAGGGAGCGGAUCAAAGAGAUGAAGGAGCGUUACAAGCGUGAACGAGCAUCUUUGGAGGCGGAAUCCGAUGAGGAGUGGGAUGUUAUUCGGAGAGCAGCUCGGGGGGAUGAUAAUGCAUGGCCUCAAAUGCGACGGCUGGAAUCAGACAUCCCUGAGGAAACUCCCGUUCUUCAUAUACUAUCUUCGAGUCCUGCGUCUUCAAGCGGGUGA